UCCCGGGAUUCGAUCCGUCUUCGGCUUCCAUGACCCUUCCACGGAUGCAUCUGCGCCGUUCCGGAUGCUCGGCCGUUUCACGCCGCGGCUGAAGGAUACUGCACUGCUCUCAUGUUCUGCUGCGCAGACUGUGGGAGUGCUAGCCUUGUUUAGAUUGUUUUCGUAUUGUGGGCAUCACCAACCCGGUAGCAAACUCGUCUGCGUUCAUUCCUUGGUUUCGCGGUGGAAAUCUAGGCCAGCUCUACAUUCAUCUAAAACGCUGGCAGUAAAGCUCGUAGCCACCUGGGAACCAGGCAAGGGUGGAGCUUAUCUGAAUCUCUCAGAGGCAUGGGCUGGGAAUGGCAUCAGUUUGUCCCAUGUUUCCAUGGAUGAUAUACCUUAAAAAAUGAACCGAGAUAAGAUUUUUUAGUUUUAAAAUAAUCAUACUUCCCUAUCUACAUUUCUGUACCUGACAAGUUCAUUUAUUCAUGGACUGGAAACCGAAAAUUCAAGGCAUUGCUUCAGUUAUGCGUUGCUUUUAGUUAUUUUGAGCGGCUGGAAACUGAUCACUUUUAUUGACUGAUUUCGGAAGGAAACUGAUCGCAUAGAGAUAGUGACCAUCAUCUCUUGCUUCCAUGUAUCCAUCUAUGUGUGAGCCGUGCCUUGUUUUGUGGAUCCCUGGUGCUUAGUAGUUUUUAAUUGAGUGGUCUCAUUUGUUAGAUGGGUAGACAUUGACAAGAACGUUUUUGGUUGCAUGUUUAAGACCUCUUGCUUGAACUCUCAAGUUUGAUCAAUGUGGGGUGCUACUUUGUGUUGUCCAUUCUUAUUGUCUGUGCUCCGGUUCUGUUCCUAGUUCAUUUAAUCGAGUUCCCUGGCCUACCUAAUAGGAAUAGAUCUGUAGUUGCUGCGUCUUUUGCAGUUGGACCUGUUAUAACCAUGUUCUAGCCAUUUCAUCUUGUAAAUAAUUGGUUGUUACAAGGUCUGAUCAACUUCAUCGUCGUCACUUUUCUAAAUUUGCAAUAUAGGUGUAUUUACCAAUUUGACUUGAGAAGCCAGCUCAUGAAAACAGAAAUUUCAUUUGUCACUGAUGCUAUCUUGUGUGUGUGUGUGUGUGUUUAAUAAUUGAUGCUAUCUUGUGUUGAUAUUUGUAAUCUAAAAUGUAUGUUUUCCCUAAAAUUAGAAUACACACACAUGUCCUGUCCUUUUCAGAUGUCUUCUUGAAGUAGUAUGUUGCCUUUUAGAAGAAAAAGGUCAUUGUCAUUCAUUCCAUAUAUGUUACUAUUUGAUAGCAGUUUGUUGCUUGUCCUGAGCUUCAUGACAGUGAUGCUGAUAAGAUCAUAAUGAAAUGAUUCCUUGCCUCUUCUUGGUACCUGCCUCCAGCCAUUUUUCUGGUCCCUGGCAUUUUGCAUCUGAAUUCUAGUCCUGCUCCUUGCCAUCCCUAUUUCUAGGAUUAGGCUGUGCUUUUCUCAGAUGAAUUAUUAAUAAUUACCAUGUUUUAUAGAGCAGGCAAGACCUACUCUGUUGGCUAGAGCAUCGCAUAUAUUAAUUUUCCUUAUUCACGUAAAUUUAGUUACUAUUGGGAACUGAAAUUCAUACCAUAACUUGUUAUGUCAGCAGUUUAUGCAUUUCUGCACUUUCAUUAUUUUACUAAUUAUUUUCUCCUUUCUUUCAUGGGUUACACUAUUAUGAAUGUUGGAAAGAGUUAUUCAUCUUAUAUGUCCUAUAGAUUUGCACACGAGAUCCUGUUUAUCCCAUGCUUGCUGUUUUCCUAACAAGGCUAGUCAUGUUCCAUGUAUCAUGCUCUCCCUUUUAACUACUCACUGCUGUUCAUUUUGAAUCUCAAUUAGAUCCAGACAUCUUAAAGGAGAUUUUGAUAUAUUUUGGUGAAGAUGAAGAGAACGCGAAGGGCGCAGUCAGGAAAAUCCCACUCAUGGUGGUGGGAUAGCCAUAUUAGUCCACAAAACUCUAAGUGGCUCUCUGAGAAUGUAGAAGAAAUGGAGAAGCAAGUGAAAGAGAUGCUGGAGCUUAUUGGAGGAGGAGAAUUCUCUGCAGAAAAGGCUAAGGCGUUUUACCAGCAGCGACCUUUGCUUGUCACUCAUGUGAAGAACUUCCAUCGCAUGUAUCGUGCUAUUUCUGUGCGGUAUGACAAUGUGAUUGGAGAACUGCGCAAAAGUAUCCCACCAUCCCUGCAAUCACAUGGCUCUUUUGGUGUCUCUGAAUCAGAUUCUGAGACACAGUCUUCCUCAUCUCCAGAAUCUGACAUGCAAGAAAAUAUGCCACAGCAGAAGCAAAAACCUGGACCAGAUUACCUUGAUGUUUCCGUUGGCUCUGGUGUUAGCUCUGAUGUAUCGAAGAAGGGGAGUGAAGGUUCUUCUUCAUCUUCAGAUUCUAAUUCAGAGCUUGACGAGGCAAAAGAGGAAAAUGGAAGUAUCCUUUAUGCCCUGAGCCAAAAAAUCAUUGAGCUAGAAGAUGAGCUUCACGAAGCUAGGGGAAAGCUCAAUGCUUUAGAGGAAAAUCAUGCACAUUGCCAGGAUUAUUAUGUUACCAACUCAAAAGUCGCUGAACAUGAGGAAAAACUAAAGACUCCAGAUAUGGAAUCCAACAACAUGCAGAAAGACCUCGAAGAAAGGGAUUCUGCUUUAGAGAGCCCGACAGAAAUCGACAGUGGAAAUGAAGCAUUCGAAGCUGUGCUGUUGGAGCACAAACAUGAGAUCGAAGUGCUGAAGGGAGCAAUGGCCUCAGCUGCUAAGCAGUUUGAGGUUGAAUUGGCACAUCGUGACCUUGAAAUUGAUAAGUGCAAGCAUGAGCUUGAAGUAGUCUCAGAGAAGUAUUUCCAUGAUAAGUCUACUCUUGAGGAUGAGCAUAGAAGGCUCCAGGGAGUCAUCAAGAAUAUGGAAGGUGACCUAGCAAAAUUGUCAGAGGAGAAAUUGCAGCUCGAGUCUCGGAUUGAAGAACUUGAGCAGGCAGCUCACAGCUUAGAACAUUCAGCUUCCGAGAUAGUGAAGCUGCAUGAAGUAACAAGGAAUACACAAGCAGAAUUAGAAAAGGUUACAGAGGAGAAAGAAUUCCUCAAGGAACGUGCUAACGAAUUUGAGCAGCUUUGUAGGGCCCUCAAGAUUUCAGGUACAGAGGUUGCAAUGCUACCAGAAACCAUCAAGAACCUGGAAGCCCAGCUAGAGAAAGCCUUGGAAGAGAACUCAAUACUUCAAGACCGGAUCAAGGAGCUGGAGCAGGUUAUGUAUGAUUCUUUGGAGAAACAUUCACAUGAGCAGUCCUGUCUUAGUUCUGAUCUUUUGAAGUUAUCUGAAGCGAAAGCUUCUCUUGAAGACAAAUUGUCCUCUGUAGCAGCAGAGCUUAUGCAAGUUUAUGCUGACAAGGAAGAAGAAUCUCUCAAUAAUGAGAAGCAAAUUUCUGUGCUGAAUCAUGAUAUUGCUGAUCUCAGGAGCAAGCUUGAAUUGUUGUCAUCUGAGAAAGCCACAGUUGAUGAUAGGUUGGCCAAUCUGCUAGUUGAUAUUACAACUCGUGAUGAAAAGAUGAAGCAGAUGGACGACCACCUGAAUCAGCUUCAGUUUGAGCAUGCCAAGCUGAUGGCAGAGUCUGGCUCUGCCCGCAAGUCCUUGUCAGAGGUGCGUGUGCGGGUUUCUGAGCUGGAGGAAGAGGUCGAGAAACAGAAGCUUGUGAUAUCCGAGAGCGCAGAGGGAAAGCGAGAGGCCAUCAGGCAGCUGUGCUUCUCCAUUGAACACUACCGCAGCGGGUAUCAGCAGCUGCGGCAGCUGCUGCAAGGCCACAGGAGGCCAUUGGUGAUGGCAACCUGAUAAAUGAACAAUAUCAGUUUGUCAAUGAAAUGCACACUCGCAUGUCUUUGGUCCUGUUCUGUAUGUAGCUUUAUUCUUUCACAACUUCUGCCGUGCAGCUUCAAUUAUUAAGGAUCAUGUGGUGUGUGCGUGAAAUGUAAUGGGGUGGGCUAAUCUUGCCGUUCCUUUGCACUCCUUGGAGUUUUGUUCUUGUUGUCAGCUAUUGAAUAUUAUGAACGUUAUGCUAUGCGUGAUUUUUGAUCUUUUCUAA